CUCACUGUAGGUCCGCUGAGUGGGGGGUGCCCUCGGUGUCUGUUGCUUCAGUCCUUUAAAAACGGAGUAAGAUGAAUAAUACGAUGUCUCUCUUUAACACCGUUCCGGAAUUAUAUGCUUUGGGUUUACACAGCCUCGGCUUACUUUUUUAAAAGCGAACUAUCUGUUGGUACAGAUGACAUUCAAAAACGUGAUCAGGCCGCGAAUCCUCGGUGUUUCCUGAGUAAGUUCUGCGGGAAGCUGAAAGUUUCAUACCUCUUUUGAACACCGAAUAGGCUCAGUUACAAACAAAAAACGUCAGCGUUUCUAAUCUGGGAGCUCAGGACGCUUUCGCAUCACGUACAGCACAGCAGUGAUUGAAUAGCGCUGUUCUUUCCUACUAGGAGUAUCCGAGCUCGUGUUGGUGUGUAUCUGUCAGGUGUGUGUGUAAGUCGGCUGGCUCGGCAGCGAACCUCCCCCGACCCCUCCCCUCCUUCUCUGGAGAAGUCUCUGCUCUCUGGUGCCCUGAAUUCAGGACGGAUCCCCGGCUCUGGCCCCUUCAAGCGGGCAGUUCGGAAAAAACUGACUGGGAAAGGAUGGCCUGGAGGGUCCUCCCGGCCUCAGGGAGCUGCGGUGUUUGAAGGUGGGCGCGUCCGAUUAGAGGCGGCGGCGGCAGCUCGCUGCGGGACUAUGGCGGCGUCGCCUUCUUCGGGGGGCGGCUUGAUUGCCGCGGGGGCGGCGGCCAGGAGGAGCGAGGACAUCGCGGACCUCAUAGAGCUCUUCUCCAGGACACAGUACCGGGCCAAGGAAGUGACACCCAGGGUGGAGCGGGUAGAGAAGCGGUGUUUGGAGCUCUUUGGGAGGGAUUACAAGUAUAGUGUUAUUCAGAACACCAACGGUGAGGUGUGUGGUCACUACCCCAGGCAGAUCGUGUACCUGGAGUACGAGAGCGUGGAGCACAACAAGGACAGGUUUGAGAGUACAGUGCAAAUAAGUAAGUUGCAAGAUCUGGUGAACCGCAGUAAGAUGGCUCGAUGUCGAGGAAGAUUUGUCUGCCCAGUCAUCCUUUAUAAUGGCAAGCACAUCUGCCGGUCCUCCACUCUUGCUGGAUGGGGAGAGCUGUAUGGACGCACUGGCUACAACUACAUCUUCUCAGGGGGCUCUGACGACACUUGGGCAGAAUCAGAGGAAGUCCCAGAGGAUGACAGUGCAGUGCGGAAUGGGGAGUCACAGCUGUUUGACAAAGUGCGAGGCCUGGACAUCAAGCUCCUGCGUUACCUCUCUGUGCGUUACAUCUGUGACCUCAUGGUGGAAAACAAGAAGGUCAAGUUUGGCCUCAAUGUCACCUCAUCUGAGAAGGUAGACAAGGCCCAGCGCUAUGCAGACUUCACUCUGAUUUCUGUGCCUUAUCCAGGCUGUGAAUUCUUUAAGGACUACAAAGAUAGAGAUUACACUGCAGAAGGGCUUGUUUUCAAUUGGAACCAGGACUUUGUGGAUGCACCCUUGUCAAUCCCUGCCUCCUUCACCAAGAACUUGAACAUUGACUGGAGUGAUUAUCAGUCAUGGGACCUGGUCCAGCAGACACAGAAUUAUCUGAAGCUGCUAAUUCACAUAAUCAACAGUGACGAUGAGAGUGGUUUGCUGGUGCACUGCAUAUCUGGCUGGGACCGGACCCCUCUCUUUGUGUCCCUUCUCAGGCUCUCCCUGUGGGCAGAUGGAUUGAUCCAUGCUAGCUUGGAGCCAUCUGAGAUCCUGUACCUCACCAUUGCAUAUGACUGGUUUCUCUUUGGACACAUGCUACCAGAUCGACUCAGUAAAGGAGAAGAGAUUUUCUUUUUUUGCUUCAAUUUUUUGAAGCACAUCAUCUCAGAGAAGUUUUCAGCUGUGAAGAAACGGAGAAGGAAGAACUCUCACUUUAGAGAUACUGAGUUCACCGUAGAUGACCUCUGUCAGCUGAAGACCAGGGACCGGGGAAGCCUUACAAGCCUAAGUAGUGACUUCUCCCUGAUCACGGAGGAUGCCACUGUCCCCUGCAGUCUCACAGGAGAGGCAACAGACAUGUUUUCUGCUGGGGCACAAGCUCCGAUGGCUUGGAGGAAGGGGAGGACUUCCUCUCCACAAACGGUUGUGUGGAACAAGCCAGCCCCCUUGGAGGAUAAACUACUGCACCCCCUAACUGAUGGCAAGUCCUCCAGUUCCUCAUCCUCCAACCAGUCCGAGCAGAGCUUCCCUCGGGUGGGAAGCAGCCCUCUGGCUGUACCAGGGCGGAGAUCGGCGGGGGAGUAUGCCCGCUCCGGUUCCUCGUUGUCCACCGAUUAUGGCAGCUGGCAGAUUGUAUCAGGCUGCGGCAGCAUCCAUGACCACGCCCCCCUCCCUGCAGAGUCUCCCUUCCCCUUCAGCUUUCAGGAUGAGGGACCCAGUGGCCGGAUGUGCUCCUCUCCUUCUGAGCGUCAGGUACGUCUGGAAGCAGUACGAGAGCUAUUCUUGGCAGCAUACAGCUCCACGGUGGGACUGAAGUCAGCUGCACCCAGCCCCUCAGGUGCCAUCUCGGGCCUGUUGGAGCAGUUUGCCCGGGGAGUAGGUCUCCGUGGUUCCAACACGAUCAUCUAACACCCCUUCCUUUCCCAGAACUUGUGGUGGCUCAGGGCCUUAUAGGUGGGCUCGGGGUAGGUGCCAAGCAUCAAGGGGCCGAAGUUUCCCUUUUAUUUUUUUAAUACCAAACUUGACUGUAGCAACCAUGAUCUUUUUUCUUUUUAAUUUAUACCAUGUCACAUUUUUUUUAAAAUUUAUUUUUUAUUUUUUUUUUUAAAAAAGUGUGCAGUUGAAUAGAUGUAUGUUGUAGGCCUUUUAAUCUCUGGUUGAAUCCUGUAAUCAAAAGGUGUAAUCUUAUUUUUAAACCAGAAAAAUGCCAUUCAUCUAUGCUUAUGAACAAAAAGCAAAGCAUUGCACUUUUUCUUGUACUUAUCUGUGAUUUAAAAGGAAACAAUCAACAGGGGAAAAGUCUAGAAGCUGGAAACCUCUUGUUUAGGGAAAAAUUCUUAUAGCAAUGCUUCAUGUAAUAGUUCAGUUUUUUUUCUUUACCCUAAGUGGUGAACAGCUGUUCUUUAUUUGGUUAUAUAGAGCAGUUAAUUAGGCCAAACGGUAGAAAAUCAUGAGGCAUUAAUUUACAAAAUAACUUGUGCCAAGUGUGUGAAGACCAUUGAACAGUUGUGGAAGUGCAGUUGACAUGUUUUCUCCUAAUCUCUACCAAAACACACAUGAAAAAGUAAAAAGAUACCAUUUAAAAUUUUUGAUAUUAAAGUCCCAUGACCUUAUCACACCAUAGGUGAUACUUGUUCUGUAGCCAGCAAGAAAUUAAAUCUAGUUUUGUCUAACCUUAUGAUUUCAUACAUGGUUUUGAGGUUCAUAUGAUUUAAUUUCAAUGAGUGAAAAUGGGAACUGUUUUUGACCUCAGGACUUCCUGAACCUUAUAGGUCUUAAUUUUACAUCAUUAACCUUGAAGUUGUCUGUAGGUCUGAAAUGUGUGGGGUCUCCCCCCACACUUUAAAGUUUGUUGGCCUGUCACUAAAAUUAAGGUAGUGGAAUUCCCAGUCAAGGUAGGUUUGUCACUUAGACCAAAGGAUAAGUACUAAUUUAAGUAAUUCAUAUGACAUCUUUUAUUGCAGCACUUAUUGUGCCUUGUAAUUCAGUGCUCUACUUUUGAUAUUAUAAAUUACCGUAACCUGAAAAUUUUCUUUAAAAGAAAUGCAUUGUACACAACUUUGGUUAAGACUCAACUUUCAUUGCCUGGCUAUAAUACUGUACUUUCAUAGGCUGAAGAAAUUUGUCAUAUGAGAACAAUAUCAAAAAUGUUUGUCGGCAAUCUUCUGAUACUCCAACUUAAGGUAGUACAUUGACAAAAGCAUGGGUGGUUUACUUGGGACCCUGCAGUUUAUGUAAAUGAUGCCACAGUUCUCAUUUGAUCUGAUUUUUUUUAAAAUGUGAUACUUCUGCCUUUUUCAAGUUGAUGCUUCCUGUGCUUUUUCUAUGAAUAUGAUCAGGUGCUGUCAAGAUCAAGCUGAAGAUGUCUUUCAGUAGCUCUUGUCAGGCUGCCCCAAGGCAGGGUUUGACAAAGGCCAGUGUUGCAGUGACAGUGUUCACUCAUGUUUAACCAUACAAACUGGAACCUGUGUACUUUCUAGCUAUAGUUCAAGCUCACAUCCAAUCAUGAAUUCCUUAUGUUUGAAGGUACAAACAUUGCAGAACUUUUGCAUGGCCAUUAAUCCACCUUGAGUGUCCACAUUACUGUAAAAUGUUCUGCAGCACUGUCCUUAGGAAACCACUGAAAAGCACCUUUAAAAUCACGGUUACGCACGAACUUUUCCUGUUUUGAGUCCUGAGAAAUACGGAGAACAACAUGGUCAGUAGCAAGUUUUGGUGCCAUAACACUGCAUUGCACUCAUUGUCCUUAAAUUUUAGGUUUGUGUAAUUACAUUUUGUUUUUUCUUUUUAAUUUUAUCGGUUCUUUUCUUUCACUUUGUCCGGAACAGGUAGUGAGUGGAGACCAAUAGAAUUGUCGGUGAAAAUUCUAAAUAAAAUUCGUAAUAUACUACUA